UACGGACUGGGUAAAAUACCUUUAUGCAUUUCAGUAAUUGUAACUGCGUUAAUUGAUUUAAAAAAAUGUCUUCGUUACAUGUUCAUUACCGCUAAAAGUUGUGGAAUUACAGUAACGGAAUUACUUUGUAACGCGUUACUCCCAUCACUAACACAACUUGUGUUGGCCCUUUAAUUUAUUUUAACAUGAAAUAACGCCUUAAAUGGCAAUGACACACACAAUGUGUAAAAAAUUAACACAUAAUUUUUUGCAGUGUAUAUGUUUUUAACAAUUUAACAAAUCAUUAUCCUAAGUCAUUGUUAAAGCAGAAUCCCCUACAGUAAGUAUAUCAUUUAAAAGCAGAUGCUUACCUGUUAUAAAAGGAAUGAAGCUUACAGUAUAAAGUUUACAUGUUAUAAAAGAAAUAAAGUACAAUAAGAACACAUAAAACUUCCAUUUUCACACAAAGACUGACGAUUCAAGGCUUUAAGAGGUGAAACUAAUCAGGAGGCAGCUUCAAAUUAACUGACUAAAUUUUAAAUAAAAAAGUUUGGCUUUUACCUAAUCGUAAUUUUGUCACAAACAAGAUUAAAGAGAUGACCUUUAAACUUAUUCAUAGAAUAUACCCUGUUAAAUGUUUUCUUGUCAGAUUUAAGAGGGAUAUAGAUGCCAAUUAUAGCCUUUGCGAUUCUUCUAAAGAGACAGCCAUUCAUUUUUUUGUAUUGCAAUGUAGUUGCCGUUUUUUGGCACCAUAUACUUGACUUUAUUGUUAAAAAAAUUGACAAUUUUUUUUUUACUUUGGAAACAUGUAUUAUUAGGUCUAUUUGUAAAUCAGAAGGGCAAACAAAUUCACACAUACAUGAUUAAUAUUAAAUUUAAUAUACAUAAAUGUAAAUUAUCUGGCUGAAAACCAUGCUUUACAGUAUUUAAAGAAGAAAUAAUACACUAUGUUGAUCUAAUAUUACCCUAAAAAAAAAAAAAAACAGAAAGCCUGUCAGAUUCUAAAGGCAUGUAAUUAUUUUCAUAUUUUGAUAUAAUAUUGUUUUCCCCCCUAAAAACAAUGUCUUUAUUUUAUUUUAAAUGAUCUAAUUUUGUGUUAUUUUUGUUUAUUUUUCAGACAGUUUAUAUUUGGAUACCCUGCUGUAACAUUUAUAUUUCUGUCAAUUUUUCAAUAAAGAAGAAAAAUAGCCCUAAAAUAUGGAGUAUAUGCAUUUUAUAUACCUUUAUAAUUUUAAAAUAAAUUUUAUUAGAAAUAAUUUUAAAUAAAACAAUACUUUAUUUUUACACUUUGGGCUAUUGUCAUAAUAUAUCAGUGUCACUGGGUAAUUUGGUUAUAAUUUUAUAAUUUCAAGUUUGAGCAACCAUAGUAAAAGAAAUAUGAAAAUGUCUCCUUAUUACUAAGGUUCAAAAUAAAACAUUAUGUGAAAACUGCAUAUGCAAAUAAAACAAUAAAUGCGUAUUAGAGAAAUACUUGUGAAUUCGCGUUUUUACUAGACAGAAUACGUCCCUUUUGACUUGCCGUAGUAUUUACAUGGAGCUAAAUUCAUGGUCGCACUGUGUGCUAAACAUGUACAUUUUACAUUUACCUCUCCGAAUCUUUUAAAUUUGUUUAUUUAACCUUUUUUUGUCCAGUACACUAUAAACCGACCCAAACAUCCACAAACCGUAUUUAAAGUAAACUAAAUACAGAUAUCGCAUGAAUGUGCAGCAGCUGUCAGCGAAUCUCAAGUCUGUCCGAAACGGAUCCCAUGAUCUUUCUUUAUAAUCAUGUCUGAUGAAGAACUCCGGCCAGUUCCGAAAGAACGAGCCAUCCUGGAGAGUUUCUUCACCCAGCUCGGCACGUUCUGGUUCGACAGGGCGAAAGAUUAUGUCGAGAAAGAAAAGGACGCCAGUAAGAGCGCAGGGGCCAUCUGGGCGUCAUUACUGUCUGCUCUCGCCCAUCUGGCAGCUGCUGAGAAAGCUUACCACAACAUGACUUUCCUCGGCCAGAAACUAGGUGGCCAGUCAUUCUUCAGCCGAAAGGAUUCCUUCAGAUCUAUUUACACAUCUUUACACAAUGAACUAAAGAAGGUGGUCUCCAUGGGUCGCCACACAUCCGGGGGCUCCACUCUUAACCUGGAGGAUCUGCUUUCGCAUUUGUCUGAGCAGCUCUGUCAUUUUGCACAGGCCAGAAUGGAAAUCGCUGACUUCUACGAGAAGUUGCAUUCGCUGGGCAGCCAGAAGACGGUCAACUCCGAGGAGCUUGUGAGCACCCUGGAGACAAUUUUGCAGAAGUACAGUUCCAGGUUUCACCAUCCCAUCCUGAGUCGUCUGGAGAGCAGCUUCCAGGUGGAAGUGGAUGUUCUGACACAGCUGUUGCAGUGCCAGGCGCAGAUCUCCGAGUGGCAUUUCCUCCCAUCCCUGCUGAACCUACACGGUGCCCAGUCCAAACUUCAGACCUGGGGUCAGGUGUUUGACCGGCAACGCGAGACCAGGAAACACCUGUUUGGAGGGCAAUCCCAGAAGGCCGUGCAGCCCCCACAUCUCUAUUUCUGGCUGCAGCGUCUGCAAGCGACACUCCUGGCCAAGUUCAGCUUCUACUUCCACGAGGCGCUGAGCCGGCAGACGUCGCAGUCUGAAAUAAAAACCCUGACAGCACGCACCUGCCCUGAUCACUUUGGCAAGAUCUCGGCCUUUAUCCGCAAACAUGACGCUUUUAACGUCUCUUUGAUCUUUGAUAACCGUGGAUCAGAGAGCUUUCAGGGACAUGGCUACCAUCAUCCACAUUCAUAUCGUGAAGCACCUAAAGGCGUGGAUCAGUUUCCAGCCGUGGUGUCACUUCCUGGUGGAGAAAGGCCGGUCACGCACUGGCCUAACGUUAUCAUGAUCAUGACAGACCGCUCUACGGAUCUCAACGCUCUGGAUAAGGUGGUGCACUUCUAUGACGACAAAGUCCAGAGCACCUACUUCCUAACCAGACCUGAACCUCACUUUACUAUAGUGGUGAUCUUUGAUGGAAAGAAAUCUGAGAGAGACAUGCACAUUGUGGCAUUCCUGCAAGAACUAACAGGGUCACUAAGGAACACCAAACCCUUUACUACACUUAAACCAGGCUCCAAAGGCUAAAGUUUAUACAGUACCUACAGCUUACCGUUUUAAAACACAAAACUCACCUGUUUAAUUGAAUAUAAUUUCCUCACUCUUUGUGGACAUUAAAUGUUGUUGAGCAUUUAUUAUGGUUGCUAUUUUACUCAAUGUGCUGCUGGAACUGUUCAUGUGAUUCAUGUUAUCUUUUUAUCUCCCUAGAGCAGAGGUGUCAAACUCAGUUCCUGGAGGGCCGGUGUCCUGCAGAGUUUAGCUGCAACCAGCCCAAACACACCUGUCUUGAACUUCCUAGUAAUCCUGAAAACCUUGAUUAGCUGCAUCAGAUGUGUUUGAUUAGGGCUGGAAAUAAACUCUGCAGAGACACCAGCCCUCCAAAAAUUGAGUUUGACACCCCUGCCCUAGAGUGAAUAUAAGAGGUCCAAAAGUUUCACAAGACAAACCAUUUUCAGACCAAAGACAAUAUAUCUGUUAACAGGCAAUAAUGUUUGCCUUGUUUUUAAUUUGCUCUAUGCUGAUCAUUUAAAUAAUUUUUUUCUUUCUGUAAGUUGUGCUUUGCCGAAUGUGAAAGGGACCCAUUAACAAGAAAUAUGAUUUUGAUGUACAACAUAUUUUAAUAACUUAAAUUUUAUCAAUUUGACAGUUUUUUCCAACCACUGUGAAGAUAAAUC